AUGGAUGAACUCAACUCGCUGGCAAAAUCCUACGGGAUACAGCUGCCUGUCAUGGUGCAUGGCGGAAUCGUGUGCAUCAACGAUGAUGACGAUGUGGAGAUCAUCGGGGACGAUCCCGAGGAUGCCGAGGAUCUUCAGUCGCCGCCGGUGCCAUCAAGUUCGCAGAAAAAACCGGCAUCGUCAGGAAGCUCGCAGAAGCCUCAGAAGAUCGCAAAUAAGGUGGCCGAACAGAAGCAUGAGACUUACGAUGUGAAUCGUAACUGUCUUGUGGAGAAAGGCAAGAUUGUGGAGGCCUCGAUGACUCCCCACAACGAUGGCUUCAUGAGAGCACAGUUUCCUGGUGAAGCGAUACAGACGACCGAGAUCACCGUGUUGCUUUGGGAAAGGAGUGGUGCAGGUCCUGAACCCAAAAGGACUCCUAAGGCCAAAGGCAAAGCUGCAGCCAAGGGCAAGGCUGCAGCCAAGAAAAAGGCUGCAGCCAAGGGGAAGGCAAAAGCCAAGGGCAAAGCUGCAGCCACAGCUGCUCAAGCGAGUGCAUGCUUGAAAAGGCCCGCUGCUGUGGCAGCCCUGCCUCCUGCAGAGGAGGCGCUGGGUGAGACCUUUUGGCAAGGUCGUGAAAUCGAGAGCUGGGGCACCAUGUGGUACAGCAAAGGGUGGCCUGGAUGGACGGAGAAGCAGCUUCGUGCUGCUGCAGCUGCCCUCACUGCCGAGCUCACCGCUGGCAACGUGGAGGAAGCUAAUGCCGAGGAAUGGAUUCAUGAGUGGGCGCGUGUCAAAAAUGCUGAGGGGAGAUGA